AUGGAUUUUCACCGUUCUUCCAAGCAUGUCUCGUCGUUUCGCGUGCUGCUGAAAACACUACAGCGUUACCCGGGCGAUAUGCUGCGGGGUGUUGUUGAAAUUACCGUGAACGCCCCUCUGAAGUAUACUUUGUUGGAGGCGCACCUGCGCGGCGAGGAGGUAACCCGCUUCGGCACGGCCUUUACGAAGCGGAUAGACACCGAGUCACGCUACACCACAUAUUACCGCCAGAGAGUCAUCCUGGCCGGUCUGCUACCGCCCAGUGACGAGCAGCGGGGCUCCGAGAAGAGCAGCAGCGGGCACUGGAGCGACGCCGGCGUUAGCGUAACAGAUAGCGCUGAGAUUGGCCCCAACAUCGUUACAAUGGGACUCAUGCCGGGAACGUACACGUUCCCUUUCAGCGUGCGACUGCCAGAGACGCUGCCGCCGUCGUACAGUGAUCACCACGGAAGUGGCUACUCAAAGCUGUUGUACAGCAUUAAGGCGAAGCUGUACAGUGGCAGUCGCUCACUGGUGAAGGACCGCGUGUACUUUGUUGUGUGCAUGCUGCCAGUGAACCCACGGCAGUGGGUCACCGUGCACAAGAGCCUAGAGUCCGGCACGAUCGCUUCCAUCGCUGGUGGGAGCAGGGAGGGUUCCGCACUGCAGGACACACUGGAGAUGCAGGGCAUGGGCGACAGACAAGCCGAACAGGAGGAUCGCGAUAUGUUGUAUAGAGAAGAAAGCGAGUACUUGGCUGGUGGCAACUUCCUGCUGAUCGAGCACCGCAUCCCACUCUACAACGCGAACGUGAACGUGGACGGCAUCAACGCAAACAACGGGUUGGACGUCGCAGACGAUGACACAACCCCGCUCGACCACGCCGUCGAUUUGGUGAAGCUGUCUAGGCGGCAGAGGAAAGAAAAGGAACACGAAGAAAAGGAGCGGAGGAGAAUGGAGAAGAGGAAGAAGAAGGAGCAAGAGAAGAUGAGGAAGAGGAAGCAGGAACAAGGGAUGAAGGAAGCGGGGGGCGGUGGAGAAGAAGAAGCCCCUGAGGUGGGGGAUAAGAGUAAGAAGGGGCAGGAAAAGAAGCUGAGCGAGCCGUCNAAGAAGAAGCCCCUGAGGUGGGGGAUAAGAGUAAGAAGGGGCAGGAAAAGAAGCUGA